GAGCGACCAAUCAGCGUCAGCGGGGGAACUUCAGAGUGGAACUUCGGGGUUAGAGUUUCAGACCAGUGAGAGCGUUUUUGGCACAACCAGGACGCGCAUCUGUCCUCCUGAAAGCGUUAUCCGUGCUUAUCGUUUUACAUGUCUGUCUUUUUAUAACAUCAUUUGAGAAACAAUACGAGUCGUUAGAAGCUCCGGGAUGUACACCGCCGGGCUCAACCCGUUUUACGCAUCCAAUUUCAGCCUCUGGUCGGCAUACUGCGCCGGAGGCUUCGCUGUGGAUACCAUAAAGAAGCCGUCGUUUUGCAUCGCAGACAUUUUGCAAGCAGGAGAUGCGGAGAACAUCCCCGGAUCGUCCGCCCUCAUGUUGCACAUGGGACACCACCAUCACCACCAUCACCAGCAGCAGCAGCGCGCUCAGCAGGCGCACUCCGGCGGCUCUCCGCUGCGUCCUGCUCCCGUCGCGCCGGAGCCUUCAUCCGUGUUCGGAGCCAGUCUCAGCCCGGCGUCUCCGUACAACAGACACGGACUGCAGCUCACCACCGUCUCUAGGACGCCGUUCAAUUCCCAGCAGGCACCCCCGCCUUCAAGUAAAGACCUCAAAUUCGGAAUCGAUAGGAUUUUAUCCACAGACUUUGAUCCAAAAUGCAAAGAAAAGUCUUCUCUAAGAGAUCUCACCUCCAUCGUUAGCUCGAACCGUCAGUCAGGCCUCCACAUCCCUAUUCAACCUCCAGCCAGCCCCUACUUCUCCUCCAUAGACCCCGGGAUGAGCGACGCGUCCUCCAUGAUGGGCUCACUAGGCAGCGGCAGCGGCAGACACGCAGGCCAGCAUCAGUUUCAGGACACCUUCCCAGGUCCCUACGCAGUGCUCACGAAAGACACAAUGCCACAGACGUACAAGAGGAAAAGGUCAUGGUCGAGGGCCGUGUUUUCGAACCUGCAGAGGAAAGGCCUGGAGAAGAGAUUUGAAAUACAGAAGUAUGUCACCAAGCCUGACAGAAAACAGCUGGCGGCCAUGCUGGGGCUCACAGACGCUCAGGUAAAAGUGUGGUUCCAGAACAGGCGCAUGAAGUGGAGACACUCCAAGGAGGCCCAGGCUCAGAAGGACAAGGAGAAGGACGAGAAGCCGGAGAAAGGAGCCUCAGAGGCGGGGGGACUGGAGCCGAAGGAGCCGACAGAGUCCGAGUGCGAGAGCGAGGCUCGGAGCGACAGCGAGUCGGACGAAGCCGAGGAGGAGGAGAGCGGAGACGGACAUUUGGACAUUUCUGAGCUCAACAACAACAAGACCAGCGUGAUCAUGAGCGGGAGCGCUCAGGCGGCCACCGCGGACUCCUGCCCCACGCCCACGCCCACGGACACGGCAACGGCAACGGCGUCGCAGGUGUUGAUAUGAAAAGAAAAAAAAAGCAAAAAAGAAAAAUAAAAA